GGUCGGUCGUUCAUCACUGUCCACAACGACGGGUAGUCCCCAUUGCUCCAGCUACUUCCUGCUCGUGGGCCGCGUGCCCCAUCUACACAUUAUUUUAUCGCACUGAUUAACUGCUACGCUCGCCAUGUGGCGCAUUGUCUCAACAGCGUCGCGACCAACGUCGGCGGGUCGACUCGGAAUGGUCGUGGGGUCGUCGUCUUCAUCGUCCAGCUGCCGUAGGAAUAUCUCGUCGACAUCUGCACGACAUGCAGAUAUAACUCUAACCGUAGAUGGAAAGGAAGUGACGGUACCACAGGGCUCUGCUCUUAUUCAAGCAUGUGAGGCUGCUGGUGCUGCCAUACCCCGAUUCUGCUACCAUGACCGGCUCGCCAUCGCCGGAAACUGUCGAAUGUGUUUAGUGGAGGUCGAGCGAUCACCAAAGCCUGUUGCAUCAUGCGCGAUGCCAGCUAUGCCAGGUUCCAAGGUGCACACCAACACACCUAUGGUCCAUGCUGCUCGGGAAGGCGUCAUGGAAUUUCUUCUCUCCAAUCAUCCUCUCGAUUGCCCUAUUUGUGACCAAGGCGGUGAAUGCGAUCUCCAAGACCAGUCUAUGCGCUACGGCUCUGACCGUACACGUUUCCACGAGAUAGCUGGCAAACGUGCGGUGGAGAACAAGGACCUCGGACCUCUUGUCAAGACAUCCAUGAAUCGGUGUAUCCAAUGUACGCGUUGCGUCCGCUUUGCUAAUGAAGUCGCCGGCGUCGAGGAGCUGGGUACGACGGGUCGGGGCAAUGACUUGCAGAUUGGCAUGUAUGUGGAGAAGAUGAUGAAUUCGGAGCUUUCUGGGAACAUCAUUGAUCUGUGUCCCGUCGGAGCCCUAACAAGUAAACCGUACGCCUUCAACGCUCGACCUUGGGAGCUGAAGAAUACCGAAUCGAUUGAUGUUAUGGAUGCAUUAGGGUCUAAUAUUCGUGUUGACUCGAGAGGUGUCCAGGUCAUGCGGAUCCAACCGAAAACUAACGACGACGUUAACGAGGAGUGGAUCAGUGACAAGACGCGCUAUUCUUAUGAUGGACUGAAGUAUCAACGGUUGACGGUCCCCCUGAUCAAAAAUGGAGAUCGAUUUGUACCGGCGUCAUGGGAAGAUGCCCUGACUUCCAUUUCGAAUGGGCUUGCGGCGUCUGGCGCGACGGAGAACGAGAUACAAGCAGUCGUGGGACAUCUUGCGGAUACGGAGUCCAUGGUAGCCUUGAAGGAUUUGGUCAACGGGUUAGGAUCGGAUAACCUCGUCCUUGAUCAACAAGGAGGCUCAUCUGCUCCAACUCAUGGCGUCGACGUUCGUUCAAAUUACCUCUUCAAUUCCACUAUCCCGGGUGUUGAGGAGGCGGACAUGAUCCUCCUCGUUGGCACCAACCCUCGGCAUGAAGCAGCUGUCCUGAACUCUCGAAUCCGGAAGUCGUGGUUGCACAGUGGACUGGAAGUGGGCUUCAUCGGCGAGCGCGCAGACACGACGUAUGGUUAUGAGUACCUCGGCGCUGAUGCGAAAGCUCUGAGCACCUUCGUUUCUGGCAGGAGUGCCUUUGCCAAGAAAUUUGCGAAGGCAAAGAAGCCUCUUAUUAUUGUUGGAAGUUCGGUUGGGGAGCAUCCCGAUUCCGCUGCUUCUUACAACGCAUUGGCGAAAUAUGUUGAGAGCCACAGGCAAACGCUGCUGACACCGGGGUGGAAUGGUUUCAGUGUUCUGCAACGUAUUGCUUCGAGACCUGCUGCGUACGAGAUUGGUUUUGUCCCUUCGAAAAAGGCUUCCUCUACGAAACCGAAAUUCAUCUAUCUCCUGAAUGCUGACGAGGUUGAUCCCAAAUCCAUUCCGCAAGAUGCGUUUGUUGUGUAUCAAGGUCAUCACGGUGACCUCGGUGCACAACUCGCUGAUGUUUGUUUGCCUGCUACUGCAUACACUGAAAAAUCGUCGACAUGGGUCAACACCGAGGGCAGGUCACAGCUUGGGCGUGCAGCAGUGUCUCCUCCUGGUGCUGCGCGGGAAGACUGGAAGAUCAUCCGAGCUCUUUCCGAAGUCCUUGGAUCACCGCUACCGUACGAUGACGUGUUGACACUGCGGGAUCGCAUGUGGGAGAUCUCGCCAGCUCUUGUGCGGUACGACGUUACGGAACCAACGUCCGUUGGCGUUGCCAGUGUUGGAUUGAAGGCAUUGGCUGCCAAGACAGCGGGUGCGAAGAUUUCUGGCGCACCGUUUGUGAAGCCCAUCAGCAACUUUUACCAGACGGAUCCGAUAUCGAGAAAUUCGGUGACGAUGGCGCAAUGUACCCGGGCCUUUGUGAAUGGCCAGGAUCUUGAUGCUGCAAGUAUUGGACAGCAGCCGGCCGCGGCAUUUGCAUAAUGAACAUGUAACUAGAAACUGGAAAUCGCCAAAAAUCACUUAUUUUUACUGUAUCAUGUCAUCUAUCACAUUGAUCAGUAUGUAUUUAGCUGGUUCCCAUCAAUUCUUCGCUGGCACUCUGCAAACGCUCCAGCUUUUU